AGCGCAGGUAGAGGUAGGUAUCGAAGUUAUGCGCACUUUGGCACUGAUGGGCCGCUCUUGCACAAUAAGGGCCCAUUCUUUUUCAGAUAUUGCGUGCUUUCAGCUAAUCCGCUUCCAGCAUUCUGAAGUCUGCCGACGACGAUACAUCAAUAGCCUCUCAGUGCGGUCGCCUGCAUCAAUAAGGUUUGCUAUCGCAUGUCUGAGUAACUUGCAGUAAUGUCAAACGAUAGGAUCUUGUUACAACCCACAGACGUUGGCUUAUUGGCCGCAUCGGAUCCAGAUUAGAGUGAAUUCUUGGGCAGCUCCAGCGGCGUCUACUUUAUUAACACGGUAUUUCAAACCUUUGGUUAGAUCCCUUCUGAAGACGACGACGACGCACAAGAGCCGGAUAUUGUGAAGGACUACUUUUUCGUCUCUGAGAGCUCUAAUCAGCAUGACCAGCAUAUAACAUCUCCUCUCCCAGGGACCGCGGCUCCAGCUUCCAGGACGAUUUACGGCAUUCCAGACCAAGGACUGGGCUCUACACCGGAUGAACAGCUGGCACGAGAAUUGAUCCAGACCUACUUUCGUACCUGGCACCCUCUUCUUCCCUUCAUGCACGGUCCGUCACUUCUCAAUAGUUUGGAAGCACUCUACAGCAACUCCUCCAGACAAGGGUCCUCAUUCAGGAAAGCUUUCUCUCAGAUAGCCACAUAUCAGUGCCUAUUUAACAUCAGCUCCAUAUGCAAUAGUACCGAUUCUGGGGUGCUGCCUGCCGAAUGUCAAAUCCGCUCAAGCAUGACCCUAUUGACUUGGGCGGGCUUCAUCGCUACGGCUCAUAAUAUGGCUUCCUUACAAUCCUUAAUAGCUAUACAGCUAUACCUUGUGUCGAGGAUAGAGCUACGAGACGCAGCCACCGUUGGCGGACUUCUUCUCCGUGCUUUGAUAGCCGCCGGGUUUCAUCGCUGUCCAUGGCGCUCUCUGCACAUGUCUUUACACGACCGUGACAUGCGGAAGAGAAUCUUCUGGAGCGCUUAUGCAAUUGAUCGAUUCCUCUGUCAGGCACUUGGGAUGCCCUUUGUCUUGGGGGAGUCAGACAUUGACAUCUGCCCUCCUAGUUCAAACGAAUUACACCGACCCGUGCAGUCGCGGGGUCAGCAGGCAGUUUCGGUGGAACGGGUGCUGGCUCAUCUCCCUUUGAACCAUCAAAGCUUUGGGCGGGGCCAAAAUAUCGCUCAGUCUGGUCAACCCUCUCCUGAGCUUGACCAAACCCCCUCAGCCGUCGUUUCAGAAACGGGAGGCCAAGAUGUACUGUUCAUCAAAUUCGUCGCGUGGUCCAAGAUCGUGAGUCAAAUUCUCUCGCUGUUCCACAAAGCGAUUCGACACCGAGUCAUAAGUCGAAACAACGUUCUUGAACUGACUUCCCGAGUUCAUGAAUGGUGGAAUUCUCUACCUGAUAACCUUGAAGAUGAUCAGAACGGUAUUCGAUACAAGCCCCGCUUGGGUCCCUUUUUCAAGUUUCUCUAUCACCAGGCGAUCAUCUUGAUCAACCGGCCUUUCCUCUCGCUACCUCAUACGAAUCCAGACUGCCGUUCAAGCCUUUAAACCAGCAUUAAUGCGAGUCGAGCCAUGCUCAGUGCUGCUCAAGAACAUAUGAGAGAAAACCUUUUCCUCCCUUGGGCAGGCUAGCCUGCCGGUAUCUGGACCGCCGGCUUGGUAUUGGCUCUAGCUUGUAAGUUGAGGGUGUUCCCUGUCUGGAAGGCUUUUCCUUACUUGGAACAGUGUAUGUCCCUGCUGCAGGGUAUGAAAAAGAGAUGGCCAAAUGCACAUCGGUGCUACAUGUCGAUAGAUGCCUUGGUAAACGCAUUGACGUCUGAUAAUUCCACGUCUCCAAUCAGCCAUCACUUUUCGCCAACCGAAGGGCGACUCGGCUUUCGAACGCCUACCGUAGCUGAAGAUAGCGGCAUCCUUGAGACGGAUAUUCAACAUCCAAAACGACAGAAACUGGAUAAUCCGCGAGGUCAGGAGCAUCCAUCGUUACAUGGAACCCAUUCUGAAGAAAAUGCCCUCAAGGAAAUACCUCAGAGAUACCUACAUCUUCACAGUCCUGUGAACAACAAUAUACAGACAGAUGUCACCACCAGGCCUCUUCGAUCUCCCGACUACACUGAGGCCGAUUUUGAUAUUGACGUCGCACAAUUCGCCAACCUUGACCGGUCUCAAACCUUGUUAUUACCAAUUAUGGAAGGCGAUCUUUCAGACUCAACCGGCGUUUUCGGUAGUUUGAGCUGGGACUUCUCUGCGCCGAUGAUGGAUCCGUUAUACCAAAGAGAUCGGCACUAGCAUAUGACCCGGGCAUUUGAAAGAAGCCAGAUAUGUCCAAUCAUUUACCUGGCCGUUUACCAAAUGAGACCUUGCUCAAAAUCUUGGGAAAGACCGAACUUUCCGGCCUGUCUGACGACUGCCGAGCUUCCUGCUCCAUCCGAUAAACGCGCGAGUUGGCCGUCGCAAGCAUGUUCUUCAAUACAUGGUGUAUAGCCCGCUCUGUCACUUUGUCUGUCCUCGUUCCAGCCGAUUCUCCCUGAAUUAUUAGCCAUGCUGCUGCCUUCGGGCUCCGGGGAUGGUGGCAGGAGCCCAGUUGAGCUCGCUGGAGUCGAUGUGUUUGCCAUUGCGUCCGAAUCCUGUGCACUCCAGGCCCUACUACCCUGCUCUAUAGUACCUAUCAAUCGGUACCAAGACUUUUUAUAUAAUAGGUACUAAGGAAAUUUCGAGCGCCCG